AUGAUCCCCCCUGAAAUCAGAUUCUUCUGCGACGGUCCGUCAACUUAUGGGCUUCCUGGCGAGCGGGCCAUGGACGUGUACGACGACGACCAGUCGCGCUGCUUUAAGCUCAAGUACCUGCGCCAGCUCAUGCGCGCCUUCGGCGACCUCAACUUCACGCACGGUAUCGCCCGCCACGACGUGGCACCGCGCAAUCUGCUGGCCGACGCCGCGACCAACGACGUGCUGCUGUACUACGACUUCAGCGUGGCCGGCAAGAUGGGCGCCCAGAUGCGCGGUUUCGGCCGGCAGCGCUUCAGAGGCGAGCUGGCCGGGCGCAAUGACGCCAAGGGCCUCGUGCUGACGCUGCACGAGAUCAUCACGCGCGACCCGUCAUACCAGCCGCCGCGGCCGCUGCAGCUGCUACAGCUGCUAGACGAGGCCGGCCUCGUCGGCAGCCCGGACAAGCACGCCGACCAAGCCGCCGACCAAGCCGCCGAGGGGCUAGAGGGAGACGGAGAGGCGGUUGCCGGCGUGGACUGGGGCAGAAGGUUAUCUGCAUCAAGCAGGCGCUCCCCAGAUUUGGACACAGCAGCCAUUGGGCCGGAAGGUAUCAAGCCAGCAAAUGUCGAGCCAGCAAAUGUCCAGCCAGCCAAUGUCGAGCCAGAAAAUGUCGAGCCAGAAAACAAGGAACCCGUGAAGCCAAGCACCAGCCGUCCGUCCAAUAGUCCUCUUUUGAUCAAGAAGCGGAAGAAGGCCCCUGACACGGAUACGAAGUUGCUCGAAGACGAGGCGCCGAACUCCCCGGGGCUGACGGCCAAGCGGACGAGACGGAGGGGUUGCUGAAGUUCUCGACAACGGCAGGAUACCAUUCACUCAGUCGCUGCAAACCUCAGAGUCAAUAUGGCCAGGGGGAGUGUUAUUACAACGACCAUUGAUUAUAGUACUCAGAUACAAGACUAGCCCCUUAUUACCCCCCACACUGUCUCGAUUGAAGUAUCAAUGCUAGACACUCGUCGCUGAAUGCUCUCUUCAGUGCAAUCCCCAUUAAUACG